AUGCCAACCACCGAUCUUCACGACGGGUCCUCCUCCUCGACCUUCGGAUUCUCCAUCCUCAGCCGUCGCCGUGACCAGGUCCACCACGCCGUGGACCCCACCCACGAAUCCAAUCCCCAAGAGAUGGAACUCGAGAAUUUCCAGAAAAACGUCGCCGCCCGAUUUCACGAUUUAGCCUCCGCGAGUCCCGACGACUUCCUCUCAAUCCCGUGGCUCCAGAAGCUUCUGGACGCGUUCCUCUCCUCCCAGGAGGAGUUCAAUCUCAUCAUCUCCCACAAUCGGGCCCAGCUGAGCAAACCCCCAAUGGACCGACACGUGUCCGAGUUCUUCGAGAGGAGCGUCAAGACUUUGGACGUGUGCAACGCCAUCCGAGACGGAAUCGAGCAGAUCAGACAGUGGCAGAAGCAAUUGGAAAUCGUUUUAUGCGCCUUGGAUAAUAACAAUAACAAUAAUAGCCACAAGAGCUUGGGCGAAGGGCAAUUUCGUCGCGCGAAGAAAUCCCUGGUAGAUUUAGCCCUGUGUAUGCUUGACGAGAAGGAGUCAAACACGGCUGCCCUUGCCCACAGAAACCGUUCAUUCGGGCGUAACAAUGCCCAAAAGGAGCAAAAGGGGCUGGCCCAAUUCCGGUCACUUUCUUGGAGUGUGUCCCGGUCUUGGUCAGCUGCCCGGCAGCUUCAGGCCAUUAGCAGUAACCUCGCGGCCCCUCGGGCCCACGAGAUUGUAUCGACUAACGGGCUCAGCCUUGCAGUUUUCACAAUGAGUUACGUGCUCCUGAUCGUGACUUGGGCCCUGGUGGCCGCAAUCCCCUGCCAGGAUCGAGGCCUCCAGACCCAUUUUUAUGUGGGCCGGCAAUUCUUGUGGGCUGGCCCGAUACUCUCGAUCCACGAGAGGAUUCUGGAGGAGUCCAAGAAACGGGAGCGGAGGAAUUCGUGCGGGCUGUUGAGGGAGAUUCACGAGAUCGAGAAAUGUGCUCGACUGUUGAACGGGUUGGUGGAUUCGGUUAAGGUGUUUCCGUUGGGGGAGGAGAGAGAGAGGGAGGUUAGAGAGAGGGUGAGUGAGGUUUGGGCUGUGUAUGGGGCUUUGAGAGAUGGGUUGGACCCGAUGGAAAAACGGGUCAGGGAUGUUUUUCAUAGGAUCGUGCGUGGUAGGAUGGAGGGGCUCGAUUCGGCUGGCCGGGCGAAUAAUAGUAAUGGACUCAAACUAACACGAGCAGCCGAUGAUUUCACCUCUGAUUUUCAACUCUCGAAAGAUCGUGCGGGCCCCGUUUUCUUGUCUAGUGAAACAGAUGCCAUGUUUAUUCUGACUGCUCAUCUCAAAGGUUAUAAGCGAGAGCACAUAAAAAUCGACAUAAACGAGGACGGGACCUUAAUCGCAAUAAGCGGCGAAAAACACGUGAAAGAGACGGUCAUGAUCGGAUGGAAAGUGUACAACGAAGACACAACGACAAAAGAAUUCAAAAAGGCCUUUAAAAUCCCGGGUGGCGUGAUUCUUGACGAGAUCAAGGCUAACUACAAUGAGGACGAGUCAACUCUUAAGAUCACGAUGCCUAAGAAGGUCAAAGGAAUUAUGGGGAUGAAGAUCGAUGAAGUUGAUGAAAAACACGAGCUCGCUAGAGAAGGGUCGUUGAAUUUGAAGAUUGCGGACGAAAAAGAAAAUAGCCGGAAUGCAGGGGCCUCAGAUCAAGAAAACAAAUUGCCAUUAGAGGCACGCGUUGUUGAGUCAAUUGUGAAAAGAGAGGAACAGAUCGAAAAAGCUGCAAUUAUACAAGAAACAUCCGAGCCUAAAGAAGACGUGCAUGAAAAUCACAAAAAGGCUCGUGAUGAUGAAGAUGGUAGUGUUGAAGAAGAAAGAUUGGAUGAAGAAACAGAAAGGUCUUCUGUUGAGCCUCGUGAGAAGAGGUGCAAAUUGUGUGUUCCAAUUGUGGCUGGAUCAACCUUACUAUUAUCGUUAGUCGUGUUUGUGUUCCAAAUGAUUAGAAGUAAGAACCAAAAUAUCAGGAGAAGAGAAUGAUGGAAAUGAAUUUACAGGACAUGUUGAAAAAUCAAGGGGGGCUGGGUCAGUUGUGUACUCGUGUAUAUAUAGGAUUAGUUUUUAACUAUGUACAGUUUGACAAAUAUCUUGUCUUGUUUAGGUUUGAAGUGAAGAAUGAAUGCCUAAG